GACAGCACAAAGUAGAAGUCGGGGAGUGUCAAAUUGACUUAGUUGCGACUCAAAAAGGUUGAGUUAUUUACACAGACAGUGACAAGUGACAAUUGGUGGAGGAGAAAAUGCUGAAAAACUAGACGAAAGGAUGGAGACCCAGUUGGAUAUAAUCAAUCUGCUCAUUAAACGUCACAUGAACGACGUUGUAGCAGUCAUUUUCUCUCUUCUUGAUGUUGAAAGUUUACGCCAUUGCGAAUUGGUCUCAAAGACGUGGUAUGUCUUUGUCAGGGAUGAAAAUUUAUGGAAACGUCGCUAUGAAAAAGAAAGAAAGAAAAAUCCCGCACUUCCACGAAGCCCUUUAUCAACGUGGCAAAGAACAAUUAAGGAGAUUCUUUCUGUAUACAUCUAUUUCCUUACGAUGGACGCUAAACGUAUCGCCUCGGCCAUCGAUGGAAAUUCGCCUUCCAUUAUGCUGUUGAAAAGAGGCAACUGCAGCUGCAGGAUGAUUUCAUCUUUAGUUCGCAUCAAGAUGGAACUAUCUGUCCAGUGGAAUCUGAUUAGCAAACAAUUAGUUCAACACAUUCAAGACAAAACGUAUGCGGGGAGUGAAGGGAAUGAAGAUCGCAUAAUACUAUUUCACGCAGCACAUAAUCUGUUGAUCUCCUGUGACAGGCCCUACCUUCCGACUGUUGACUGUUUCUCAGAUCGCUACGUCCAAGUUCCUUUACAUUUCGACACGCGAAUAACGAUACGCCGAUUUCUCAGUCCUACCGAAAUGGCUGUCGAAAGGAUAGAAGAUCAUUCCAUUGCUCAAGUGAUGCGCCUUGAAUCUGAUGCCAAAUACUUUGCCAUUUUUAUGAGGAAUCCAACAAUAUUGAAAAUUCAAAUACGUUCUACAGCGGAUUUCCAAGUCAUUCGUGAGCUACGUGUAGCAUAUCACGCUCAUGCCCGUUAUGCUUACAACUGUGGAUGGCUGGUGACGGUCGACCGUGAAAAAUCUAUCAAGUUUUGGGAUGCUGAGACGUUGACCUGCAAAUGUAUUAUCCCACGUCACUGUUUCAGAAAUCAGGUGCUAGAAAUGGUGCUUAAUUCAACUCAUUUAAUCCUCAUUGACAUUUACCGCAAUGUUUACGUCUUGACUCUUCCAUACUUUUUAAAAAGCCAUGUCGAAUUUUAUUGCCUAUUUAGAACGAGUCAAGAAGAACAUUACUGGAAUUUUUGUUUCGAUGAACUUCAAAUUGUUACCCUUUGGAUAGGCGGUUCAAAUCAUCUGCGUAAACUAGUUGUUAGAGAUUUCAUGGGACACGGGUUGUGUGACCGGGUCUCACUACGCUGUUCAUCUCCGCACUGCUGA